UCUUAGAGGCUAACACUUGGCGGCAAGCUGCUGAGUUUCCAUAGCGACCAAGAGCGCGGGAAUUUCCGACUAAUUGUCACUGCGGCUGCGCGGCGUGGGCCUGCGAAGACCACCCACGGAGCGUUGGCAGUCCGAGGUGCCUGUGGUACCUGUGCCCCGCGAGCCGGAAGUGCAGCUGUGUGCCUCUGGUUGAAGAAGGGAGCAACGGAUGCUGCUGGCAAAGAGGCCGCAUUGGAGGAGGAUCCCGAGUUCACAGGAACGGAGAGAAAUGGAUUUAUGUGCAGUUGAAGAAGUACAAAAUGUCCUCCGCACUAUGAAGAAAAUCUUAGAGUGUCCAAUCUGUCUGGAAUUGAUCCAAGAACCAGUAUCCACAAAGUGUGACCACAUAUUUUGCAAGUUUUGUAUGCUGAAACUUCUCAACCAGAAGAGAGGGCCUUCACAGUGUCCUUUGUGUAAGAAUGAGAUAACCAAAAGAAGCCUCCAAGAAAGUACAAGAUUUAGUCAACUUGUUGAAGAACUAUUGAAAAUCACUCAUGCUUUUGAGCUUGACACAGGAUUGCAAUUUGCAAAUAGUUACAGUUUUUUGAAAAAGGAAAAUAAGUCUUCUGAACAUUCACAUGAGGAGUCUUCUGUCAUUGAGUGUGUGGGCUACCGAAACCGUACCAAAAGACUUCGGCAGAAUGAGCCUGGAAAUCCCACCUUGCAGGAAGACAGUUUCAGUGACCAACUCUCUAAUCUUGGAAUUGUGAGACCUCUGAAGAAAAAUCAACAGAUAAGGCCUCAAAAUAAAUCUGUCUACAUUGAAUUAGGAUCUGAUUCUUCUGAAGACACCGUUACUAAGCCAAAUUAUUACAAUGUGAGAGAUCAAGAAUUGCUAGAAAUCACUCCUCAAAGAUCCAAGGCUGAAGCUGCAGAAAAGGCUGAUUGUGAGUUUUCUGAGGACGUAGCAAAUAUUGAACAUCAUCAGUCCAGUAAUAGAGAUUUGAACACCAUUGGGAGUCAUUCAGUUGAGAAGCAUUCAGAAAAGUAUCAGGGUACUUCUACUUCAAACUUGCAUGAGGAGCCAUGUGGCACAGAUAUUCAUGCCAGCUUAUUACAGCAUGAGAAUGGCAGUUUAUUACUCACUGAAGACAGAAUGGAUGUAGAAAUGGCUGAACUCUGUAGUAAAAGCAAACAGUCUGGCUUAGCAGGGAGCCAACAGAGCAGAUGGGCUGGAAGUAAGAAAACAUGUCAUGAUAGACAGAGUCACAGCACAGAGAAAAAGGCAGAUCUGAAUGCUGAUCCCCUUGAUGAAAGAGAAAAAUGGAAUAAACAGAAGGCUCCCUCCUCUGAGAGUCUUAGUGACACCCAAGAUACUCCUUGUGUAACACUAAAUAGCAGCAUUCGGAAAGUUAAUGAAUGGUUUUCCAAAAGUGGUAAAAUGUUCACGUCUUAUGGUACAUCUGACAGGCAUGAGGCAAGUGCUGAAGGAGCUGGUACAUUUGAGGUUUCAAAUGAAGUAGAAGCAUGUUCUGGUUCUUCAGAGAAAAUAGACUUACUGGCUUCUGAUCCUCAUAAUGCUUCAGUAUGCAGAAGUGAAACAGUCUGCUCCAAACCAGUAGAGAGGAAUAUCAAAGAUAAAAUAUUUGGGAAAACCUAUCAGAGAAAGGGAAGCCUUCCUAACUUGAACCAUGUGACUGAAAUUUUAAGAGCAUUUGCUUCAGAACCACAGAUCACACAAGAGCAUCCCUUCACAAAUAAAUUAAAGCGUAGAAGGAGAACUGCAUCAUGCCUUCAUCCUGAGGAUUUUAUCAAGAAAGCAGAUUUAACAGUUGUUCAAAAGACUUCUGAAAAUAUAAAUCAGGGAGCUGACCAAAUGGAGCAGAAUGGUCAAGUGCUAAAUAUUACCAAUGGUGGUCAUGAGAACAAAAUAAAUGAUGAUAAUGUUCAGAAAGAGAAAAAUCCUAACCCAGUAGAAUCAUUGGAAAAAGAGUCUGCUUUCAGAACUAAAGCCGAACCUAUAAGCAACAGUAUAAGCAGUUUGGAACUAGAAUUAAAUGUUCACAAUUCAAAAGCACCUAAGAAGAAUAGGCUCAGGAGGAAGUCUUCUAACAGGCAUAUUCUUGCUCUUGAGCUAGUCAGUGGGAAUCCAAGUCCACCUACUCAUACUAUACUUCAAAUUGAUAGUUGUAGUAGCAGUGAAGAAACAAAGGGAAAUAAUUCCAACCAAAUGCCAGUGAGGCAUGGGAAAAAGCAUCAGCUCCUAGAAGAUGCAGAACCUGCAGCUGGCUCCAAGGAGAGUGAUGAGCCAGAUGAGCGAGUAAGCAGGAGAGGUGCUGGUGAUGUCUUCUCAGCACUGAAACUAACAAAUACUCCUGGCUUAUUAACCAACUGUUCGAGUUCUAAUAAACCUCAAGAAUUUGUCAGUCCUCACCCUCAGAGAAAAGCAAUAGAGAAACUUGAAACAAGCAAAGAGCUCAAAGAUCCUAUGCUAAGUGAAGAAAGGGGUUGGUCUGAAAGAUCUCCAGAGAGUACGAGUACUUCAUUGGUCCCUGAUACAGAUCAUGGCUCUCAGAACAGUGUCUCUUUACUGGAACCUAACACUCUCAGGAAUGCAAAUCAGGGUAUGGCUCAGUAUAUAGCUUGUGAAAAACCCAAGGAACCUAUAUAUGAUUCUAAAGAUACUGGAAACUGUACAGAGGGCUUCAAGCAUCCAUUGGGACUUGAACUUAACCACAUUCAAGAAACAAGCAUAGACACGGAAGAGAGUGAACUGGAUACUCAGUACUUACAAAAUAUAUGCCAGGUCUCAAAGCGUCAAUCAUUUGCUCUAGUUUCAAAUCCCAGAAAUCCAGAAAAGGAGUCUACAACAGCCUGUGCCCACUCUGUGUUCUUAAGGAAGCUGAGUCCAAAACCGUCUCUUGUACGUGAGCAAAAAGAAAAAAAUCAGGGGUGGGAAGAGUCUAAAAUCAGUCAUAUACAGGCAUUUAAUACCACAGGAGACUUUGCUGUGGUUUGUCAGGACGAUACUCCAGGUAAUGAUGCAAAGUGUACAGGAGUCUCUAGGCUUUGUCCAUCAUUUCAGUUCAGAGGCAGGGAAUGUGAACUCAUCUCUGCAGAUAAACCUGGAAUUUCACAAAAUUUGCAUCUUAAACAAUCACUUUCUUCCAUCAGGUCAUCUGUAAAAACUGACCAUAGAAAAACUUUGUUGGAGGAAAGGUUUGUGGAACAUUCAUUACCAACUGAAAAGGCAAUGGACAAUGAGAUCAGCAUUCAAAGUCCAGUGCAUACAAUUAGUCAAGAUAGCAGAGAAAAUCCUUGUAAAGAAGGUAGCUCAGACAGUGUUAAUGAAGUAGGUCCCAGUGAUGAAGACUUUCAAGAACAGCUAGAUAGAAACAGAGGACCCAGGUUAAGCACUGUGCUCAGAAGAAGUCUUAUGCAACCUGAAGCCUAUAAGCAAAGUUUUCCUAUAAGUGAUUGUAAACAUCCUGAAAUAAAAAAGCAAGAAGCCCAGGCUAGUAGUGCAAACAUCUCUCCAUGUCUAUUUUCAGAACAACUAGAGCAAACAAUGAGAAGUGGCAGUGUUUCUCAGGUUUGUUCUGAGACACCUGAUGACCUGUUUGACGUUGAUGAGAUAGAGGAAAAUACUAGCUUUGGGGAAGGUGACAUAAUGGAAAGGUCUGCUGUUUUUACCAAGAGUAUCCUGAGAAGAGAGGUCAGCAGGAGCCCUGUCCUUUUAACCCAUACAUCACUGGCUCGAAGUCACCAAAAAAGGUCUAGGAAAUUAGAAUCCUCAUCUAGUGAGGAUGAAGAUCUUCCCUGCUUCCAACACUUACUUGGCAAAGUAACCAGUACAUCUCAAAUUACCAAACAUAGCCCUGCAGUGACACAGCGUUUGUCAGAGAAAACAGAGAACCAAGAACCGUUGAAGAAUAGCAUAAAUGACUGUAAUAGUGAGAUGAGCUUGGCAGAGGGAUCCCAGGAACAUCACCUUAGCGAGGACGGAAAAUACUCCGCUAGCAUGUUCUCUUCACAGCACAGUGAAUUGGAAGAUGUGGCUUCAAAUACAAACUCCCAAGAUCUCUUGUUUAAUUCUUCUAAACAAAUGAGUCACCCAUCUGAGAACCAGGAAGUUGUUCUAAGUGACAAGGAAUUGAUUUCAGAUGAUGAAGAAAUGGAAAGUAGCCUGGAAAAAGAUAAUCAAGAGGAGAACGAGAUUUCAGAUUUAGAUGAAGCAGCAUCUGCAUAUGAGGGUGAAGCAAACCUUUCUGAAGACUCCUCCCAGAGUGAUAUUUUGACAAGUCAGCAGAGAGCUACCAUGAAAGUUAACCUGAUAAAGAUCCAGCAGGAAAUGGCCCAGCUCGAAGCUGUGCUAGAGCGGCAGGAGAACCUGCCUUCCUGCUGCUCCACUUCCCUCUUAGCUGACCCUUGUGUCCCCAAGGACCUGCUAAAUCCAGAACAAAAUGUAUCCAAAACAGAAGUAAUUCCAUACCUAGAAUCUGGAGUUACCCUUUUCUCCAGGAGUCACCCUGAAUCUGAGCUUUCUAAAGAGAAAGCCCCAGAGCCAGCUCAUGUUUCGAUCUCUGCCUUGAAAAUAUCCCAGUGUCAAGCUGCAGAAUAUUCCAAGAGCCCAGCUGCUGCUCAUAGCACUGAUACCGAGGUGGCAAAAACCGUGAGCAAGACAAAGUCAAAAUGGACUUCUUCAAAAGGAAGAGACAAGAAAAUAUCCAUGGUGGUUUCAGGCUUGACCCACAAAGAAAUAAUGAUUGUGCAAAAGUUUGCCGAAAAAUACCACGUCACCUUAUCUGAUGUAAUAACUGAGGAGACUACUCAUGUCAUUAUAAAAACAGAUGCUGAGUUUGUGUGUGAACGGACACUGAAAUAUUUUAUGGGAAUUGCCAGAGGAAAAUGGAUAGUUAGCUAUCUCUGGGUGAUCCAGUCUAUUAAAAAAAGGAAACUUUUGAAUGAGCAAGAAUUUGAAGUCAGAGGAGAUGUCGUGAAUGGAAGAAAUCACCAAGGUCCCAGACGAUCAAGAGAAUCCCAGGAGAAGAUCUUCAGGGGCCUAGAAAUCUGUUGCUGUGAGCCCUUCAGCAGCAUGCCCAGAGAUCAACUGGAGAGGAUCCUGCAGAUGUGUGGGGCGUCUGUGGUGAAGGAACUUUCAUCACUCACCUUUGGCACAGGUACUCAGCCAGUUGUGGUUCUGCAGCCAAGUGCCUGGACAGAAAGGAAUGACUACCUUGAUAUUGAGAAGAUGUGUGAGGCACCUGUGGUGAUGUGGGACUGGGUGUUGGACAGCAUAUCCCUCUACCAACGCCAGAAUCUAGAAACCUACCUGAUCAGUGCAUGUCACCCAACAUCAUGAUUGUAGCAGACCAUAUAUGUCUAAAGCUACAAGGUCCCAAGGAUGAUCUUAAGAAAGGGCCUUUCCAGGCCCAGGGAAUAUCUCUAACUCAAAUGCUUCCGCAACCCUGGUUACUAAAUAUUUUAUGUACAUGAGCCUGAAAAAAAAAGCUUCUAGCUAUGUAAGGAUCCCUUAAAGAUUUUCUGUUUUGAGUCUUCCUUUGAAAUCUGUCAUGAGCACAAAAUUGUGGUAGUAUUUCACCUGAGAAGAAUUUCAAACCAUUUAAACCCCACCAGUUGAGUAAGAUGCAAAUUCAUUAUUUAUUGUUCCUGGUCCUGUUGGAGGAACAGAGUGGCUUGACCUCAAGAGAAUAGCUGGUCUGAGCUGGGCAUGGUGGUGCAUGCCUAUAAUCACAGCACUUGGGGGUUAGAAGUAAGUCUAUCAAGCGUUCAAGGCCAGCCUGUGCUAUAUAAGACUCAGACUCAAAAAGAGGAAGAGAGAAUUGCUGGUAUUCCUAAUUUGUUUUUUUAAACUCUCAUGUUUAGGGCAGGCAAGAUGACUCAGUGGAUUAAAAGCACUUGCCACAAAGCCUGACAACCUGAGUUCAUGUGAGACCCAUAUGACAGAAGGGGAGAGCAACUCCAACAGAGUCCUGAUUGCACACCUGUGCCCACACAUAUACAAGGUGUCCUCUGAUCGCACACCUGUGCCCACACAUACACAAGGUGCACAUACACGUAAUAGUGUUUUAAAAAAUAAAAUCUUAGCCAGGCAUGGUGGCGCACGCCUUU